AUGGGAAUUGACGCUAAGAGGCAGGACACUGAGGAAAUGGCUGCCAGAAACUACUCGGUUUUAGUCACAGAGGCUCAUAUUAUUGUUGAAAUUCCAGUGGGGGCGGUUGGCGGCUACUUCAAGAGCCACAUUCAGGAUGACCAGUACUUUGUCACUUACACCAUUGAGCCCAUGCUUGAGUUGCUGUGGAUCGAGGAGAUCGCACAUGAGGACACCAGCUAUAAAGUCCUCUUCCCUAUCACAACGCCUCCGAUGGCCAGGCCUCCACAAGUUCGCAACUGUGAACACACCGUUCCUGAGCAGGCAGUGUUUGUGCUUGAGUUGGGGACCUUCAACCUUGAUGUGGAGCUGCUGAACAUCACCUUUCCCACCAUGGUGCUAACUGUUGCAGAGUGCAACGCCAGGGGCUUCAAUGUUCAUGAGCAGAGAUCCCCGGACAACACCUUGAAGACCUUCAGGAUGGAGGUGCCCUUCUCAGACCCGGUAGUCUUUAAGGAGAGAAGGGCGGAACAAGGUGUCACAACCUUCACUCUUCAGCUGAUCUAUGGCCUGGUCAUCUUUCCAGAGUACUCUCCUUUCUCUCACUCUGCCGUUGUGGACGCUGUACUGCUGGACAUUGUGCCACCCUCAGUCACUGGCAACUGUGAUCCGGAGAACUUCCACAUCACUGUGGACUACAGGAACCAAGAGCCCUUUUUUGUGGUCUUGGUUGGCAAGCGGCUGCUUAACCAUGAGUUUGCUCAACAGUAUUUAACAGAAGGCGACACAGACUUCACCAUCACGUUGCCCUUCUCUUCGCCGGACGCAGUGUUUGAGUCAGUUCACUCGUCCUCUGUCAGGAGCAGACUGGAUGUGGCUCUGUUGAAUCCUUACAACAACAUGACCAUCAAAUACUUUUCCCUGGCUUGCAGCUUCCUCAAAACGCUGACUGAGUGUUUCUCUAACGGAACGAUGACUGCGCUGGCGGUGAAGGUGGAGUCUGUUCCCGGUCUGAACCCCGGUCAGCUGACCCUGAGUGACCCCGCCUGUGGUCCCACCUACAGCGACGAUCGGUUCGCCUACUUCCACUUCACUGUGAACUCCUGUGGCACCACCAGGAAGUUUAUCAACAAUGUCAUGCUGUAUGAGAAUGAAAUCUCCUUGCCAGAUGAACUUGAGGUGAAGCUGAAUGCCACGACGUCUUCAGAGGAGGAAUAUCAGUUAAAGGUUUCCUGCUACUAUGUGGCCAACAUCACUCGCACAUUGGCCUUCCUGACCAGGCCGCGUGACAAUGAGCCUUUUGCCGAGACUGGGACGGGUCGACUAAUGGUCAGAAUGAGACUCGCUCAGGACGCCUCGUAUAACACGUUCCACCAGGAGGAGGACUAUCCAGUGGUGAGGUACCUGAGACAGCCUCUGCACUUUGAGGUGGAGCUGACCACGUCCUCUGAUCCCAAGGUAGCGCUGGUGCUUGACCACUGCUGGGCCACCCUCAACGAGGACCGCGACUCCCGACCCCGGUGGAAUCUCAUCAUUAAUGGUUAACAUGUUGUUUUUGGGCCUAAACA